AUGGCCGCCAAAAGACCUUGUGUUGUCGAAGGCAAUACACCAGGGAAACCAACCAGCAAACGACCGGUCGAAGGAAAAUCGAGAAGAUCUUUGUUUUAUAAUGAAACGCAAUGCGCAGAGGAUGAAACUAAAGUAUCUUUCGCUUGCAAAACAGAAAAUUGGACUCUUAAAGAGACAUCAGCAUUGGUGCAGUAUAUCUGUUUAUUUUGGAAGGACGCCUGGAACAACAGAUGGCCAAUGGCAAAGGACAAGGACUUUUGGGACUCUUGUGCGCGAGCUGUCAACGAUGUUUGCCAGUCAAGUAGAACAG